AUGAUAGCAGGCGCGACUGCACCGUCAAGCCAGCAUGAAAUUUUGAUCGCAUCGAAUCUCGUCAAAAAGCCAUCAACAUCUCAAAAUAAAACGCCGACAGCACAAUCUGGUUCAGGUAACAAUGGAGCUGCUGAUGGUAUGCCGCAGGGUUACCAUCAGCAUCAGCAUCACCACCAUCGUCAUUUGUGGUGGCCUCGCACAACAGAUCAUCAAUAUUGGUGCGUCUUGAGGAAAAAUCAGUUUGCUUAUUACAAAACCCAAGAUGAAAGAGAGGCGAUAAGUGUCAUACCGAGAUUUGACAUACUUAAUUUCAAGAUAAGCGAGCUCGAUGGAAUAUUAACAGUUUACACUCCAUCCAAGGACCUAAUAUUCAAAUUUCCGCGGGGGCAAAAUGAGAAGGUCGGCAUGGAACUAAUGCACAAUUGGAAAAUUGCCCUUGAGAAAUUCCUUUCUAGUCCCAGUGGCAAUGAAAGUGUCAUUACAGGUAGCGAUUAUGAUGAAGAAGAGGAUGAAGAUGACUUAAUUGUAGUCGACGAAAAGGCGGGUCCUUCUAGCAGUAAACAUUCUUGUAAUUUGACGAUGGAUGAGCAACUGUCUCGUGAAGACAAAGAGUUUUAUAGGAUGUUCGAUCCUAGGAACGCGGAGCACCAGGUUUGUUCAGGGAUUCUUUACACUAAAGUUAAAAAGAAAAAAUUGUUCAAUAGGGCCAAAUGGCAAAAGUUCAAUGUGGAAUUGACCAAUACUUCGUUCAAUUUAUACUCUUUCAAGACCGGCAAGUUAAAGAAAAGCAUUAAACUCGAUAAAAUCAUCGAUUGUAUUGAACUUGAUAAUAAUGCGAAGAUGACGAAUGAUGACACAAAUUUUGCGCUAAUUACAUUUGACGAAAGGUUAUCCUUUAAAGCCGCUAACGAUCAAGAUAUGGUGGAUUGGAUAAUAAAUUUCAAGAGCGGCAUCCUAAUAAGAAAAAAAAUUAAAAGUUGA